AUGGGCGCCGAAGCCAAGACGUCCCUUCCUUGCUUUGAGCUGGAGCGAAUCUUGUACGAAGACCCGCGUGCAAAAUCUGUCAAUCUACUUGGACAAUGUGAGCAUCAGGGCGAGAGGGUCCCUGCAUUGCUCUUGAUGGAAAAAACGCAUUUCACACCGGCCUUCCUAGCUUCGCUACAACAGGGACUCGAGCACACAUUCUCUCAUCUGGAGCAGAUCGGACAGAAUGAUAUCUACACAUGGGUCUUUGGAUGGACCUCUGAUCAAGUACACACGGAUGCGCAUACCAAGAUGUCUCUCAUCUGCCCUGCCAACUCGGACUUGAUUGCAAAGUAUUCCGCCCCGGAACGCCGCAUGAUCAUUGAGACACCGCACAUGUAUGAAACGGUAACAAAGCCAUGGAUUGAGUCGCUACCUGCCUCCAAAGUGACAUGGGUGCACAACAUUUUGAAUGGAGAGUCGGAGCGCGAGUCUGUGCUGUACAACGAUGAAGACCCGAAAACAGGCUUUGUCCUUGUGCCAGACUUGAAGUGGGACCGACGUACUCUCUCCUCGCUUUACAUGGUAGCCAUUGUGCGAGAUGGGUCGCUGACCAACAUGCGUGACCUGACCAAGGACCACAUCCCUCUGCUACGCAAGAUCCAAAAAGCGGGUGCACAGAUCGCCCAUGAAAAGUACGGCCUCCCUGCACCUAGUGCAGAUGGCUCCUCCUCGUCUCUACGUUGUUUCUUGCACUACAUGCCUACGUAUUUCCAUCUGCACGUUCAUCUCAUGUCGGCGAACUUCACGACCCACCCUGGUGCACUGGUAGGCCAAGCGCAGUUGGUGGACGACGUGAUUAGUUUGCUGGAGCUGGGUGUGGAUUUCCGUCAGCGGACUAUUGGAUACGCACUGGCUGAUGGCCACAAGUUGCUUGCCGCUCUCCAACAGGCGGGCUUUGCGACGUAG